GAUGCUGUGCUGCGCAAACGUAAUCGAAAAGUGGAGUAGCCACCUUCAAGGCCCACGUAGGUCAAAGCGAGAAACAAAGUCUCGAUUACACUAUUCCAAUGAAGACGGAAUCUCGACAUCGGCCGAGCAUACACAACGCUGACGAAGAUAAUGACCUUCCCCGGUGUCUGGAGGAGUAGGAGGGCUUCUGACACACUUGACGAAGAGGUGAAUAGUAACCACAGACGGCAGAAGUCCGAGCUUAGUUCGAUACGAGAGAUUGCUCGAUGCACAUCUCUCCACCGGUGAGAGACGGGAGCUGCAAUCGGUACACCGAUCACGCGAGCCCACGUGCAUCUCGAUUGAAAAGGAGUGUUGGUUAGAAACGUGUGUGCUUACGAUUUUCGUUCGUUUUCAUUUCUGACACCAUUAAUGCACGACUCGAGUGUGCAAACUAGUGAUGACAGUAAUCUCAAACCACGUUACCGCUUAGGAUCUAUUUACUGGUGUUUAUUAGUCAAUAAUACCGUUCUUCAACUUUCUCCUUCUUCGAUUGAGGCUAUGUGAAUGUUUAAAGCGUAAAAUAUACUUGAGUUACAAAGUAUGAAUUAAACUGUAAGUGCGAUCGUUUAAACACUAUAAUUGGUAACUUUUCGGCUUUAGAUAUUUAAAAUGUAGGAUUGUUGCCGCGGUUAUUGAAACUUGUUUGCAGCAUUGUACACUUCGAGACUGAAUAAAAGAAAACUAUAAAACGUUGCCAAAAUGUACGGGUUUAAAAUGUGCCAAAGAACGAUCUUGUUACUACUUCUCGUGUCUUCGACUUACUGCCAGUUAUUCAACUUCACCAAAUUGAAAUCGUACGUGAAUAUAUUCAACAUCAAGGGGUUAUACCCCAAUGAAACAGGAAAUAUCCUGUGGCAAGGGCUCCUCAAAGACUGCUCUAAAAAAGCGUCAUUUUCUUGCAUUCAAAAAAAUGUCUAUACCUAUCUGGACAAUACAUUUGCAGACCAGGACAAUAUCACGGUGUUCGAUGGUUUUACUUUGACAAAAAAUAACUUGGAUUAUCAUAAAUAUUCAGCCGAAUACAACGAAAAAAACCCUGACGAAGAACACAAUAAUGUUGACGAGGCUGAUGGGAAGUCAUUCACUGACAAACAGAGUUCCAGAAAGUCAAGUGAAAAUUAUUACACUGAACCUGUGUCUCCACUCGAAGAAGUCACCAACGCCCUCCACGACAAAACAAUCAAGUUCUUAGCAACGAAGGAUUAUGAGCUUCAACUUCCGAACUUCUUUUUCGAGGGUACAUCAAUAAAGAUCAGCCCUAAAGAGGUCGAUGAGGAUGGAGCUCUAAUAAGAGUAGACUUCAACCAAAGAGCAAUAUCUGAGCAAGGACGACUCUUUCAUAAAAUAAAGAAAUUCAUCAAGAACAAAUUGCUCACAAGCUUCCUGGCCCUACUUCUGAUCAUCAAGCUCAUCAAAAUCAAGUUCUUCUUCAUUAUUCCAUUCUUAUUUGGUGUGGGAACUGCAAAGAAAUUGUUCCUUAAAGUCCUGCUCUUCCUGGUACCGGCGUUUGCCCACGUCUUCAAAUUAUGUUCGAGCUAUUACAGUGGCGGAACCAAAUAUCAUCAUCAUCACCAUCAGAUUGCCCACCACCAUCAUCACGUGCCGGUUCCGGUACCAGUUCCGACCUUCCACCACGAGCACCAUCCACACCAUCACGAAGAGGAGGAGUUUGAUGGCUACGACUACACGCAGCCACACAUUCAGUACAGAAAAGACAUGGAAGAAUUGAGGGAAUGGGGAAUCGCUUCUUACGAGGAUCCAGGUGUCUUGACUCCAGAACCUUACGUCGGCGUACAGCCGGCACUCGGCCCAUACGGGGUGCCUCAAUAUGCGGCUAACGCCAGACCGGUUACGGUGGUUCCCAAUCAGCCAGGUUUAUACGAGAAGUACACGCCUCAGAUCAAGUACGACAAGCCGGUUGGGCCCUAUGAGAAUCCCCAUCCAAACAUACGUCACACUUUGAGCAACCUAGGCAUGACCCAGUUCAACAAAAAUGUUGGACCAAAGGGGCCCGUUUCAAACUUAGGCCCAAUCGGGAAUCACGCUCAAGGUUUGGCCUACAACGGGUACUUUGAUGACGUCAGAUUUACUCGGGCAGCCGCACCCGUGACUGAACCGAGUAUGGGAAAGGUCCCUUACCAUCCGCAGCAGCAACACCAGCAGCAAAACCACUUGUUCAGCUCGCAGAUAAGACCCGGAACAACAUUUUCGAAGAAUUCUGGAUUCACCUCAAAGUCGGAUGGCGCUGAUGCCUGGUUGAACAGUUCGCCGGCUGUUGACAUCGUUAAGCGUAUUCCUCACUCCGUGCAGCCGACGGUAAAGUCUCCAAUUUACACGCAAAGUAGUCAGCUGGGAAAUCAACCAGCCCAAAACGUGGCCAAGCCUUACCAGCAGCUCUCGCAAGUCCCGCAGAAUUUUCAACAUGCCCUCGCCUUGAAUCCUGUGACAACGGCACAAAAGUCAACCUAUAAUCUGCAGUCGUCCCAGCAGAGAAUUGCUCAGCAAGACAAUGCAAAGAAUACUCAAUCCGAUGCAUCCAGGAAUCAACUCAGAACAUAUGACGACGAAUUUUACGGUCCCAUUGUUGGGAGAUUAGACGAAAUCUUCAAACAGCUCAGGUUUCUGGAAGAGGAUUGUCGCGAGCGGUUGAUUUGCAGCAUGUAUAAAAAUCCCACGGUGUAUACACCCCACAGCAAUCUUGUAUCGAACGAGUUGUCGAGGGAAGCUGAUGAACUUCGACAAGGUAACCGCGAAAGUGCAUCAGGGCGACGAUUUCAACGUUACAUGAAUGCUGCAAGGGCUGGACAAGACCGCGGUGAUUGCCACCGGUUGUAUUCCUGUCACAUAAGCACGGAAUAAAAAAGUACCAGAAGUUCCGAGGUAGAACUUCGAGAGUCUGUUGCAUCGUAGACUCAAAAUGUAGUUGCAAUCUUUGUAUAGUCUUAUCCUAUAAGUAUAUUUAUAUUUAUUUUCAUGUAGAAAUACGAAAAAUACGAAAUUAGAAUUACUGAACAACGUGCGUUCAGAUUGCACUGAGAUUUACGGGCCAUAACUCACGGCGUCAUUAGUGCAUGGAUUUUAAUUCCGGACGUAUGGUAAAUUUAGUCUAAUUGCAUUGCUAACCAGAAACCUCAGAAGUGAAAAUUUAAGCCCGACUCUCCGUUUGUUCCUGAGAUAUAAUUCGCAUAUCUGGACUGCUUUAACACUGGCGUUGUGUUUUAUUUAUUUCAUCUAAGAACUAUUAUCUUGAAUUAUAUAGUUCGUAGUCAUAGUCAAAUUCAUUCUCAUUAAACAGGGUGCCAUUGCCAUCCACUGGUAUGGAUUCAUUUCAUGCCACUUAGAUUGUAGAGAACCGUUAACAAUCAUUCGUGUAAUGUUUGUAUUUAUUUGUGAAAUUGUCUAUAUUGUGUGUGCUCAAUAGAAUAUAAUUUGUAAAUUAUGUAUAAUAAAUCAAUUUCAA